AUGGUGUCCAAUAGCCAUACGCAACGUACCUCAAAAGAUACGACAAACCAGGCGGAAGACGGCUGCCUAUCACAUUCUAGCGGUCGUCAAAUCCUUGUCUCAGGUUCAACGGGAUUCUCAUAUCUGACGCCAAAGAGCAGGACGCAAACCUUCGCCGAGCCCCCUAUACUGGUGCUCACUAACCUCUUCGUUAAGCGAAACGUCCAAAAAACCUCAAUAAUGCAUUGGUUUCGCAUCGGGUUCUCCUCUGGCGUCCCCAGGUCCUCUGGCGCGCACUACGAAGACGAGGACAAAUAUCUACGUCUAGCAGUUCUUCUGUCGGCGGGAAGCCUUCUAUGGAUUAUUAUGAUUAACCAGAAAACCCAAAAGUCACCAAUUCGUCACAGAAUAAAACAUCAAAAUGGCUACAGACCUUUUUGCAGCGCCACCGUCGUCGUGACAUACCCGAAACCUUCAUCAUUGCACCCUGAGUGUAUUACAUGGUAUCAUGGGACGCGUUCCAUGAGAACGCUGCCACCAGUCGAGCAAGACAUUAUUAUUCGCUGCUAUCGUCUUUCGUCCUUUUCGUCUAUUUCGGGCUUCCGCCGCUGGAUUCCCGAUCAUCGCAUCCUGAGUGUAUUACAUCUCCCUACCACGACCAAUGACGCCAUCCCUGCCAUUGAGAAAUUGACUGGGCGUGUCAACUAG